UCCGCAUUCGGCCUCUAAGGAAGGAAAGGCCAAUCACGCAAAAUCUCACGUGAAUACAAGAUUUAUUUACAUCAUGGCGCCACGUGGAGGGAUGCGCCGGUUGUUUACAUCACAAAACAUUCUCAUAUUCUUGGGAGUUCUCUCUGUAGUUUUGGUCAUCUUAAUAUACAACAAAUUACUGUUCCCUGGAACAUUUACGACCGACAGCGAGCGGUUCUAUCGUUCCGAUCGACUUGAAAAUCGCAAAGAUCAGCUGCAUAAGCCUGACGGUCAGCCUUUAGAGACUCCGUUGGCAGGAGUCUCCGAGUUAGAAUUCUCUGUUCCCGAAGAGAUAGACGUUAUAAUUACGUUCACGAAAGCCAAAGAUAACUGGCAACUUGCAGAUAAAUUUCGUCGCUGUGUUGCCUCCUUGGUGAAGCAUUCCAGUGUGAUGUUAGCGUUCCAUAUAAUUGGAGACAAGGACAGCCAGCAAAUAGCUGAGAAGAUUCUGAAGGAGGUGGACUCGGGUACCGCAGCGAAACACCGGGUUGUUCAUCUUGAUAUUGAUACUAUGGCCAAAGAAUUACACAGUAUAGUGCUGCCUAUGCAGAAAUAUUUUAGUUACAAGCCAGGGUCAUAUUACAGUGACAGUCUCUUUUUCCUCUCUGCAGCUAUACACAGGGUUGUGCCAGAGACAAUGCACAGAGUGAUAAUGCUAGAUGCUGACCUCAAGUUCAGGGAAGACAUUGCCAAACUCUACCAAAAAUUCAAUGACUUCAAAGAACACAAUGUCAUUGGCAUUGCUUACGAGGGACAGCCCGUUUACAGACACACAUUCUGGAAGUAUCGCCAGGAAAAUCCCAGCACGCGCGUCGGGGACCCUCCCCCCAAAGGCCUCCCUGGUUUCAACAGCGGUGUCCUGUUGCUAGACUUACAUCGAAUGCGGAACUCUAAACAUUACAACUCACUAAUCAACGAACAGGUGCUUGAAGAGCAGACCAAAAAAUACAGCUUUAAAGGUCAUUUAGGUGAUCAGGAUUUUUUCACUCUAAUAAGUAUAGAACAUGAAGAAUUGUUCUAUGUGCUUCCAUGUAAUUGGAACCGUCAGUUGUGCAAGUACUGGAGAGACAAGGGUUAUGAGAGCGUGUUUGAUCUCUACUUUAAAUGUGAGGGACCUAUUUAUGUUUACCAUGGUAACUGUCAUACCCCCAUUCCUGAAGAUUAGUCACCAUGGUGCUGGUAUGUUAAGGUGGUGUCAUUGUGAUAACACAGUGAUAAUGUGAUAAACCAACCACUUGUGUCAGAACAGCCAAAUGCCCUUUAUUAUUAAUCCCUUGACACCUGCUUCUGGAAGCAUGUGAAUUGAGGAUUAGCCAUACCGGUUUUUUAGAUUCUAUAUCAAAAACUGUCUUCAUGUAUGUUAGUAGUUCACCCUGACCAAUCUGCCACAUUAACAGUGGGCCGUGCCAAAUACCAGUAAAAUUGAAGUCAAGCUAGUGUAAUAUUUUGUACAUAUUUGCUCUUACUGCUACGAAUGCCUGGUUUGUAGACUGCACACUGUCAACGUUUACCUGGGACCAGCAGAUUUGUAGACUCUGAUGGUCCGAUGGACCAGGAGGUUAAUUUGUCUUCGGCACAGAUUGCCACACCCCCUCUGAUAAGAUGUGUUGACCACACCUUUUGUUAUCGGACUGGCCGUACAUUACAUCAGAAUGGAGCACACCCUUUUUCCUUUUUGCCAAUUUGUAUACAUGUAACAAAGCCGAGUAUGGAUUCAAAAUGUAAUUAUCAAAGCUUAAUGGUCAUGCCCACUUAUUUCAUAUUAAGGUUAAUCAUUUUUACAGGCUGAAAGUUUUUUGUUGCCCAGCUUUAGCAUUGCUACUAGUAUUGAUCUAGUAAUAAUCAAAAUAACUAAUCAAAUUUCCAUUAAUUUGCAAAGUAAAUAACUAAAUAUGUUUAAUUUUUUUUUUACAGUAGGUAAGUUUUAUGUAGCGUUUUGUAAAAUUAUUUAGAGGCAUGAAAGUACCCAUUUUUGCAAAGCAACACACCAACCUUAAAUGUUUUGUACUUAAGUUAUUUCUGAUCAUUUCAUUAUUUUUUUUAAUCAGCAAUAUUAAUAGUCUACUUAAUUUGCACCCUUUUGACACUCUUUUUCUCACAUAUUUUGUGCUAGAGAGAAAAGAGUAAAGGUGAGGAGCAAUUGGUCACCCUACUCUCUGUUGAAUGGGAUAGAAAAAAAUUAACGUUUUCUAGAGGACAAAAAAAGAUGAAAAAAAAUGUUGAACGGUUUGUAAGAAGACUCGUCUGUUGAAGGGGUUUAUAUGUGAAAAUUAUGAAGUAACCAUACUUAUUUAAUCUAUGCAUUUUGAGAUUUUAAGGGUCCUUUUUUAUUUAGACAUUUUUUCUUCAUUUGUAAUUGAUCUGUUAUCAUUCUUAUCUAUGCAAUCACACAAUGAUUGUUGACAGAAAUUAUUUUUGAUGAAAAUAUAGUGAUGUUACUUUUU